AAAAAAAAAAAUAGUAGUACCUAUAUAUUCAGAGAGUUGUGUUGGGAAAAUUUUUUUGAUAGGAGGGAACAUUUGGAUUCAUUGAAGGAUAAUUUAGUGCUGCGAUUUUUGACUGGAUUGAAUGGGGAAAUUUGUACGCCAUCGACGCUGGGAGGAAGCUCAGAUUUCUCGUGAUUGCUAGAACUGGCGAGUGAACCGUGCUGUGCCAUUUCCUCUGUGCUUUGGCCUUAAGCGCUGUCUUCACGCCGAGCCGUGUAGGUUUGGUGUCUCUGUGUGUGGGACGACCACGGCCAAGACUACCUAUAUGAGCGCGAGGAGGCCACCGCUGUGUUUUUAUGGGAGUGUGAAUUGACGCGUAUUCGAAGGUCUCCGGCGGAGGAGCGCUCAGUGAGUGAGUAAUGGAUUUAUCAAUCGUGCAGUGAUAAGCCUCUUGCGAAAGAAAACUGUCAUCGUAGUAGGCUCGAAAGUCGAAGUUGAGUAUCGAAAUCGCGAUUGAAUCGAAGACGGCGGUGUGUUGACGGCAGAGCCCGGCGGGGUGAGCGAACGACCCUGGGUUCGAUCCUCGCUGUGAACGGGCAGAGCACAGGGAGAAAUAUUGCGAUUCUGUCACAUUACGCACGCACAUACACACGCACGGAUCGACAAACGAACGAAUGAGUGGAUGCGCUCGCGGCUCCAGUUUCGAUUUGGAUUGCUGGUGGCUCUUGCUCUGGCGAGUCGCGACUCGCGUGCGCGAUUUAUUCGCGAAGAGAGUGAGUUACCUGCUGAGUCGAGCGUAUCUUGCAUUGUUUUUGUUCUUGGCGGCGAAUGUUUGCGUUUUGCAUACAUAGGCACAUGGCAAUUGGCUUGAAUAACAAAAAGCAAAUCUAAAUUCUUCCAUUCAUUCGUUUGUUUAUGUCAUCGGUGCGAGGGAAUCGCUUGAAUCGCGUUCUUUUAUCGCUGGCAAUCCGAAACGCGAAGCUUGCAGUGGUGCAGAUUUUCACUGCAAUCGACGAGUGCCACCGGAAGAAUAGGAGGCUGCUGAAUCGCGUCAGCUGAGAAAAUCGUGUGCCGCCGACUGAGGACCGACGGCCGAGGCCGAGGAAAAACGACGACAGAAAUAACGAGAGCGAGUGAUUUUUCUGCUCAUAAAAACGAGUUCCGGGAAAUUAGGUCCUCCGAGAAGGACGAGAGCCCAGUAGGCGAGUGUUUCAGCGUAAAAAAAAGUAUCAGAAGCUCGGUAAAAAGUGUUUAUCCGUUUCCAUGUAAACUACGGUGAAAGUGGUGUCAAGUUCCGUGUCAAUCGGCUACGCCUGGCUUGUUUAGUGAGAAAGAAGGAAAACAAGCGACAGCGAGAGAGAAUACAUUCGCACGCACGUGAACCCACAUACAAACAUCACCGCACAGGAAGUAGCAUUGGCCAGCCAGUAGAGAGGGCGAUUGUGUCCGGUCCAUACGGUCGUGGUUUUUCAUUCAUCGCACAGCGCAGCACAGCACAGCAAAACAACAACAAACACUUCCACACGCCAAGAUGGCGGACCUCGAAGCGGUGCUGGCCGAUGUCAGCUACCUGAUGGCGAUGGAGAAAUCCAAGUGCAUGCCGGCGGCACGGGCCAGCAAGAAGAUCGUCCUGCCGGAUCCAAGUGUUCGAAGCGUGAUGCACAAAUACCUGGAGAAGGAGAACGAGGUGAACUUCGACAAAAUCUUCAAUCAGGUGUUAGGAUACCUCCUAUUCAGAGAUUUCUGCGACAACGUCUCAGAUGAACCGGUGCCACAUUUAAAAUUCUACGAAGAGAUCAAAGCCUACGAAAAGACAGAGUGCCACGACGAGCGGCGGAAGCAAGCCAGGGACAUUUACGACAAUUUUAUUAUGAAAGAAAUGCUGUCGCACACACACGAAUACUCGAAGGAGGCGGUGGCGCACGUGCAAAAGUACCUCAUGAAGAACGAGGUCCCGGUGAAUCUGUUCGAGCCGUACAUCGAGGAAAUUUUCCACCACCUGCGGGGCGAACCGUUUCGGAAGUUUCUCGAAAGCGACAAGUACACCCGCUUCUGCCAGUGGAAGAACCUGGAGCUCAACAUUCAGCUGACGAUGAACGACUUCAGUGUGCACCGGAUCAUCGGUCGGGGCGGUUUCGGCGAGGUUUACGGCUGCCGGAAGGCCGACACCGGCAAGAUGUACGCCAUGAAGUGUCUAGACAAAAAACGGAUCAAAAUGAAGCAGGGUGAAACGUUGGCGCUGAACGAGCGGACGAUGCUGUCGCUGGUCAGUACCGGGGUCGACUGCCCGUUCAUUGUGUGCAUGACGUAUGCAUUUCACACCCCGGACAAACUGUGCUUCAUCCUGGACCUGAUGAACGGUGGCGAUCUGCACUACCACCUCUCCCAGCAUGGCGUAUUCAAUGAGUCCGAUAUGAAGUUUUAUGCAGCGGAAGUCAUUCUCGGGUUGGAACACAUGCACAAGCGGUUCAUCGUGUAUCGGGACCUGAAACCGGCCAACAUUCUGCUGGACGAGAAUGGACACGUGCGGAUUUCGGACCUGGGGCUGGCGUGUGAUUUCAGCAAAAAGAAGCCGCACGCCUCGGUCGGCACCCACGGGUACAUGGCACCGGAAGUGCUGUCGAAGGGAACCCCGUACGACUCCAGUGCCGAUUGGUUCAGCUUCGGCUGUAUGCUGUACAAACUGCUCAAGGGCCAUUCGCCCUUCCGGCAGCACAAAACCAAGGACAAACACGAAAUCGACCGGAUGACGCUGACGAUGAACGUCGAACUACCGGAAUCAUUUAGCAAAGAACUGAGAGACUUACUGGAAGGACUGCUACAACGGGACAUAGAUAAACGAUUAGGCUGUAAAGGGGGAGGGGCGGACGAGGUCAAAGCGCAUCCAUUCUUCACCGGUAUCGACUGGAACCAGGUGUACUACCAGAAGUACACCCCACCGCUGAUACCGCCCCGGGGGGAAGUGAACGCCGCGGACGCCUUCGAUAUCGGUUCGUUCGACGAAGAGGACACCAAAGGUAUCAAACUGACUGAACAGGACCAAGAGCUUUACAAGUACUUCCCGCUGACCAUCUCGGAAAGAUGGCAGCAGGAGGUGGCAGAAACAGUAUUCGAAACCGUCAACCAGGAGGCGGACCGACUGGAACAGAAGCGAAAGGCGAAGCAGAAGCAGCGGUUCGACGCGGACGAGAAAGACUCGGACUGCAUACUGCACGGGUAUCUCAAGAAGUACAGCGGCUCGUUUGCGUCGGUGUGGCAGACGCGGUACGCAAAGCUUUAUCCAAAUAGGCUAGAACUACACACGGAAAGUAGCAGCACGAAACCGGAUCUGGUGUUUAUGGAUCAGAUCGAGGAAGUCGCGCCGGACUACGUACAGUUCAAGAAUGAACAGUGCAUACAGAUUAAGUUCCGAGAUGGCAUCCGGGAUGGACGACUGAUACUGACGAUGGCGGACGAAAUCGGCCUCAAAGAGUGGUCCCUCUCCCUACGCGGUGCCCACAAAGAAAGCCAGGAGCUGCUCGGUUCGAUGGCCAAGAAGGCCGGUAAAAUCUACGGUACCGAACGGGACGCCUCCAAAGCCAACGUACUGAUCUCGUCGUCUGCCACUUCCAAUUCCAACGCCAGUGCCACAGCCAAUGCCGCUGCUGCCGCCGCCGCCGCCGCCGGUGGCCAACGGAACGCCAACGGGUCGUCCAACUAGCGGUUACUGUUGCGAUCUCGGUCCUGCUUCAUAGAACCGAGUCGUCUGAAGGAACCCCUGCUGAAGAUGAAGUGCAAGGACACUUAAAAAGGAAGGGUCGACGGCUUUAUUCUCGGUUUCUUCUUUCGGUUCUGUUCUGUUUAGGGUGUUUUAGUUAGUCGUUUGUAUUUCGAAUUCGCUGUGGAGUAUUUAUGAAAGCAUUUUUCUGAGGGUUUAUGUUAGAAUUUUGACGUUUUGGUUGGGGCAACCAGGUUCAAACGGGUUCAAUCGGAACGCAUUGGCUUAUAGAGUGGGGAUGCGCGAACAAGAGUGUGUGCAAGGGUGUGAUGAAAUUCUAAAGGAAAUCGUGGGAAAUUCGAAGCGGAGGGCAGGGAGUAACUGUUCUCUCUCCGCUGACAGUGAUAUGAACAAAGUGUGAAGUAAACAGUGAAUAUUUUAAUCGGUAGGAGUUACAAUUAUACAAACAAAGGCACACAUACAAGCAGAUGCAGCCAAUAGAAGCGAAGGGGCACGGGUUGGCUGUCCGCGAUUGUUUUUUCGUAGCGGACAGCGAACUUGCUGUCAUCAGUCGUCAGUCAGUGCUGACUUUGAUGGUUUUGUUUUGUUUGGAGAAUCGUAAACAAAGCAGGUUGGGGAAUUGCACUGUAACGAGAAAGCUUGGCUUGCUUCGUUUACGAGUCUUGUGACGUCGCAAGAUUGUUUUCGUUGUAAUUUAUUCGUUUGAGUAUUAGUUCUGUUGAUAUUUAUGUUUGUAGUAUCGAUGCAAAGUCAGUAUUGGACAGUCAAGCAACAAAAAUUAUAGCAAAAAUAAUUCCUAGGGUUAGCGAAUAAAUGUGUCAAUUUAGUAUUGUACUUCUUUACAUCGGAAGAAGCAAAUCAUAAAAGUAAUAACUAGCGAUGUUUAUACAACUGUGACAACCGGAGAAAUUAGAUGGAAG